UUCUUGCCGUACGUUGCCCCUCGAUUCACCAGAGAUCGUUCGAAAGGUUUCUGUUUUGACUCAUCAUCGCUCUGGUGCUUCGUCAACGCGACCCGGUUUGUUCCUAUGGAGGAUGCUAAAAUGGCUGAUGAGAUGCCUUCACAAGCACUGUCUCCACCUACCCAGAAUGGGAAUCAUUCUGAGAAGGAAUCUGAAGUACAACAAGAUACUGAUGGUAAGAUGGAAUCCAAUAGCAACUUCUCAACAGUGGAAAAUUCUGAAAUUGAUGCAACUCACGGUGCUUCAGAAGACACAGCUACUGAACAUAGCCAACUUCCGAUGGAUGCCACUACUUCAACCCUGGUGGUUGGAGUUGAUGAUGUCAAGCAUGAUCACCAUCACACUGAACGAGACAGUCAAGAUUUAAAAGAUGUGCCCGAUGGUGCUCCCAAAAGUUCACCCUCCGGAGAAAACCGACUUCAGAUAGAGAGCACUUCGACAUCACCCACCAAGGAUGACCGACCACCUACAGUCAGAGAAGAAGGCCAAGUAAAGGAUUCCUCUGGCGAGCAGUCAUCUCAAGAUACUGAUCCUGUUGGGAGUCUGCAAAUUCAGAUGGAUGCUGCUGUUGGAUCGCCGAAGGUCCUUGAUCCUUCGAGCAAAGCCGAGCAGGCAGAAAAAGACCGAGGGUUUAUCGAUACAGCAGCACCCUUUGAAUCUGUCAAGGAAGCUGUUUCCAAGUUUGGCGGAAUUGUAGAUUGGAAAGCUCAUAAAAUCGAAACUGUGGAGAGGCGCAAGCUUGUGGAACAGGAACUUGAGAAGGCACAAGAGGAAAUCCCUGAGUAUAGGAGACAGUCGGAAGCAGCAGAAGAGGAAAAGAUGCAAGUACUAAAGGAGCUAGACAGUACUAAGAGACUCAUCGAAGAAUUGAAACUUAAUCUUGAGAGGGCGCAGACAGAAGAGCAUCAGGCAAAACAGGACUCCGAACUUGCCAAGCUUAGGGUUGAAGAAAUGGAGCAAGGGAUUGCUGAUGAGGCUAGUGUCGCUACGAAGGCACAACUUGAGGUUGCCAGGGCUCGGCAUACUGCCGCAGUCUCCGAGCUCAAAUCCGUUAAAGAAGAAUUUGACACACUACGCAAGGAAUACGCUUCGUUGGUGACUGACAAAGAUGAAGCAGUGAAAAAAGCUCGAGAGGCUGUAGAUGCAUCAAAGGAAGUUGAGAAGACAGUGGAGGAACUAACUAUUGAGCUUAUUUCUACAAAGGAGUCUCUGGAAUCAGCUCAAGCAGCGCAUUUGGAGGCAGAGGAACAGAGAAUUGGAGCAGCUAUGGCGAGAGAGCAGGAUUCUCUAAAUUGGGAGAAGGAAUUGAAGCAGGCAGAGGAAGAGCUCCAGGGACUCAACCAGCAAAUCCAGUCGACUAAGGAUCUAAAGUCAAAGCUAGACAGUGCUUCGGCAUUACUGCUCGAUUUAAAAGCUGAAUUGGCAUCUUAUAUGGAGUCAAAGUUGCAGCAAGAAACUGAUGAAGAAUUGAGCUCAAAGGCUAAAACAGAAGAUUCAAACGAGAAAACUCAUGCUGACCUUCAGGAGGCAGUUGCUUCAGCAAAAAAGGAACUUGAGGAAGUGAAGCUUAACAUAGAAAAAGCAACAGAAGAAGUAAAUUGCUUGAAGGUUGCUGCCACAUCAUUAAAGGCAGAGCUGGAGAGAGAGAAAUCUGAUCUUGCCACCAUUAGACAGAGAGAAGGGAUGGCAUCGAUUGCUGUUGCAUCACUUGAAGCUGACCUGGACAAAACUCGAUCUGAAAUUGCCCUAGUUCAGAUGAAGGAGAAAGAAGCAAAAGAGAAAAUGGCCGAGGUGCCUAAACAGUUGCAGCAAGCUGCACAAGAUGCUGACCAGGCCAAGUCUCUUGCCCAAGUGGCUCGUGAAGAGUUGCGGAAAGCAAAGGAAGAAGCCGAGCAGGCAAAGGCUGCCGCUAUUACAGUGGAGAGCCGGUUGCUUGCUGCUCAAAAGGAAACUGAGGCUGCCAAGGCUUCCGAAAAGCUGGCUUUAGCAGCCAUCAAGGCAUUGCAAGAGAGUGAAUCAACUCAAAGCACUGAUGACGUGGAUUCUUCCUGCAGUGUGACACUUUCUCUAGAGGAGUAUUAUGACCUCAGCAAACAGGCUCAUGAGGCAGAGGAGCAGGCUACUGUGAGGGUGGCAGAAGCUGUUUCCCGAAUUGAGGCAGCUAAGGAGUCUGAGUUGAGGAGCUUGGAAAAGUUGGAAGAGGCGAACAAAGAGGUGGAUAUGAGAAAAGAGGCAUUAAGAAAUGCAAUGGAGAAGGCCGAGACGGCCAAGGAAGGGAAGUUGGGAGUUGAGCAGCAGUUGAGGAAGUGGAGGGCUGAGCAUGAACAGCGACGGAAGGCCAGUGAGUCUAAUCAAGGGCCAACAGCUCCCAACAGGGCCCCUGAUAGAAGCUUUGAGGAGAGGAAAGAAUCUAAUAGUUUCGUCAAAGCACCAGACAUGGUUGCUGUACCUUACUUGUCGACCCAAAAGUCAUAUGUACUUGAAAGUAACAGUGGAAGCGGAUCAUCACCUGAAGUGAAGAUCGUCAAAAAGAAAAAGAAAUCUUUGUUUCCAAGAAUUCUGAUGUUGUUGGGUAGAAGAAAGGCACAUUCGUCCAGGUCGUCAUAACUUUUCUCUGAACCAGGUUGCGUUCUCUCCUGCUCUCCUUGUGACUUCUAGCCUCUGCUGUUUCAAGCAUUUUUCUCCGGUGUUCAAGCUUGUUCUGCCACAAUUUUAUACAAAUGUAUAUGUCAGCGAUUGUUUUGUGGACUUACACUGAUUUUGUAAUUUUUCCUUCAUUGUGUAACGUUUAUGGGAAGUCGGCUUUGGGAAGAGGGUAAUAAUGGCCGUUGUUGUUGGGGGUGAUAACAUGGCUUCUGUAAUGUAUAUCUUUGCUUUGUGAAUACCGUUAUGUGGAUGACUUGAAAGUUUGGUCAGAUGAGAAAGAAAGGGGUUUUCUAUGAGAUUGUAUUGGAUGAAGCUAAUUGGACUGUUAUCCUCUAUGACUGAGUUUUGUCGUCA